UUAGAGGGAAUGCAUUCAUGCUCUUCACAUCCAAAAAGCCAACCAAAACAAAUGGCUCUUCUUCUUCUUCUUCCCAACAAAUCCUUAAGCCUCGCCAUCUUGUGCCUUCUUGUUCACCAUGUCAACGCCGGAAUCCUGAGUUUCUCUCCAAUCACAGCCAACUGCACCGGUGGUAACUACACAGACAACAGCAUCUUCUCCACCAACCUCAACUCCCUCCUCUCCACCUUCAAUUCUAAAUCCUCAUCCUCCAACUCUACAUAUCAAAUCUCAGGCACUGUCUAUGGCCUCUUCUUCUGCACUGGUGACCUCUCACAAGAAAACUGCCAGGCCUGCAUCCAAUCAGCCAUUAAAAACAUCUCUGAGAAGUGCCCAAGCUCAAAACAAGCCAUCAUAUGGUAUGACUACUGCGAACUACGUUACUCUGACACCAACUUCUUUGGAUUCCCAGACACCAAUGGUUUCUCCAUGAUCAAUCCCUAUGAGAACACCAGUUCAUCAGAGCCAAUGGAGGUGAUGUCCCAGUUGGUCAAAGAGGCCCCAUCCCAAGUACCCGUUAUGUUCUCUUACAGAGCAUUGCCCCCUGAACGCUUGUAUGCUCUGGCACAGUGUUCACCAGACUUAACCGCAGAAGGAUGCAGUCGUUGCUUGACUACUAUCUUGGCAAACAUCAAAGCUUGUUGUACAAUGAGGAAGGGAUGGAGAUAUCUGGCUACUAGCUGUUGGAUACGGUAUGAAGCUACUCCUUUCCUUCAGAACCUUCAGGGAGUUUAUAUAGAGGUCACUCAGAGCUCUUGCCCCUACCAAGACUCCAUUCCUAAUGACCUGAUUCUCAACGACAUUCUCUCUGAUUUGAUGACAAACACUCCGUUGAAGGGCGGGUUCUAUAACACUAGUGAAGGGGAGACGAUGAACAAGCUCUAUGGCCUAGCACUAUGCCGAGGAGAUCUAGCUCCACAAGGGGAUUCUUGCGAAACCUGUCUACAGAAUGCAAGAAACAGCAUUCUAGAAGAUUGCACAAACAAGACACAAGCCAUUGAAUGUAACCAGAUUGCUGCCAAUAUCACCACCGGAAUGGUACAGGGACUCAUUCGCGAUGCAGUUAAUAGUCCAACAUUUUUAGGAGUCGGAAAGAUUGCGAUCAAUAGUUCUCUGGAGAGCUAUGCGCUUGUGCAGUGCACAAGAGACCUCAGCAGAGAGGGUUGUGAGGAUUGCUUGUAG